UCGCGCGCUCUGCCCCCGUCUCUCCCCAUCCCUCUCCAGAUCUUUCCAUCUCGUCUCCCGGGUGCGCGCCGUGUGUCUGCCACCCUCGGUAGGGCUCUCGCCGCGUGUAACCAAUUCUCUCGCGGCAGCUGCCAAACCAUCGUGUCAGCAGACACAACAGCAGUAGCAGCAAAGCCGUUUCAUCCUGGUACAACUUUAGCAGCUCGUCCAGACGCAACCCCCAGUGGACGAGUCACUUCAGUGGCCACUCACUCACACACUCAGCCAGCCAGCAUCGCCUGCCAACUCUACUGCGUUGAUGUGAAGGUGCUGUUGGAGCUUGCCAUGCCUCUGUACUCGGUGCGGGUCAAGUGGGGCCGCCAACUCCACUGCGUCACGGAGCUCGACUCGAGCCGCCCGCCGCUUGCGUUCAAGUCUCGCCUCUUCUCCCUCACCGGCGUGCGCCCCGAGCGACAGAGAGUGGUGCUGCUUGGCACACAGCUCAAGGACCACAGCUGGGGCAUAUUGAAGCUGAGAGACGGUGUGACGGUGCUGCUCGUUGGCACGACGGACGAGCUGCCCCUGGUGCCACCGGAUCGGCCCCUGUUUGCGGAGGACGUGUCUCGAGCAGGGCACCUCCCGUCUGCGCUGGCGCCACCCGUUGGGCUGCUGAACCUGGGGAGGAGCUGCUACCUGAGCGCCGUCGUGCAGUGCCUGGGCAGCAUCCCCGAGCUCCGAGCGGCACUCGCCGGGUUCACGGAACGUCGGACAGAGCGAGGGGGAACAGAGGCUGCCGGGACCUUCACUGCAGCGCUACGCGACCUCUUCGACUCGAUGGCCCGCGCCACCGUCUCGGUGGACACCUCCUCCUCCUCCUCGUCGCCCUCGUCUCGCCUGGCCCAGGAGCUGCACCGCAUGAUGACGCGGGGAGAUGCCCGGGGACCCUACGCCGCCCUCGCCGACUCCGACGACCCGGCCGAUGCGGUCCAUCCCCGCUCCCCCGCCGAGGGGCGACCCACGCCGACUCUACCGCCCGUCGCGCUCUGGAAGGCCCUGCACCGCGCCGCGCCCGACUUCGCGCGCACGGGGCACGACGGCCUUCACCUGCAGCAGGACGUUGCCGAGUGCUGGACACGAGUGCUGCGGCUGCUGAGGGAGACGCUGCAAGUCGAAGAUCCGGCCUGGGCCGACCCGGAAGUGUGGGUGGACGGAGAUGGAAAGUUGAACUUCGUCGAGCAGUUCUUCGGGGUGAAGGUGGACAAGAAGAAGACGCAGCAUUCGCUGGAGAAUGGAAAGAGCAGAGAGAGUGGAGAGACCCGGGACAAUGGAGAGACCCAGAACAACGGGGAGACCGCAGAGACCCAGAGAAGGAGAGAGACUCAGGGAAACAAGGAAGUCCCAGAGAAAGGAAAGACACACGAAGUCAAAGAGACCACGAGAAAGGGAGAGAGCCAUCACAAUGGAGAGACCCAGGAGACGGGGGAGACCCGCGUUUCUCUCAUCGAGCUCCGCCGUGCGACGAGCGACUCGGGCUCCACGCUGGACUUCUCGGCUCGCCUGGCACUGGCCGGGGUGGUCCGUCUGCCCGCGUACCUGGGCGUCCACGUGACUCGGACCCCGGGCGACGACGCUCACCUCCAGGAGGCAGCCUUCCCACUGAGGGUGGACGCACUGCAGCUCUGCAGCCCGGCGUUACGCGAGCGGCUGGGGCCCGGCAGGAGGCGCCUCCAGGAGAUGGAACGCAGACGCCGCAAGCACGGCGAGCAGGACAGCUCCUGGGGCAGCACGGCCUCGAAUGACGACGACGAUGAUGAGGAUUACGAUGGCUCCUUUGAUGACGACGUGGGCUCCAACAACAGCGGCUGCUACGACCUCCGCGCGGUCGUAUCGUGGACGAGGCCCCGUUGGGAGGAGGAUGGGGGUGGCCAUUAUGUGUCCUGGCUGCACUGGGAUGCAGGCCACUGGUGGAAAUGCGACGACGAGAUUGUGACGAGGGUGACCUCCGAAGAGGUCCUGUCGCUGCGCGCCGGACGAGGAGGAGGUGGUGGCGACGCGGCGUGCUUGCUGCUGUACGGCCCGCCGGGGUCAGCCUCGUCGGGGUCAUCCUCGCCGGGGUCAGCCUUGCCGGGGUCAUCCUCGCCGGGGUCAUCUUUGCCGGAGUCAGCCUCGCCGGGGUCAUCCUCGCCGGGGUCAUCCUCGCCGGGGUCAGCCUCGUCGGGGUCCGGCCCGCCGGGGUCAGCUUCGUUGGGGUCAGCCUCGCCGGGGUCAGCCUCAUCGGGGUCCGGCUCCGACUCGUCGCUCGCGUAGCCCCCUCGAGCCAUGUGGGUUAAGCCGCUCGGGCAAAGCUUCUCACCGCGUCUCCCCGAACCCCCGUUUCACUGCUCGCGGACUGCCUGGAGUGGUUGGUUGGUGUAAGUUGGGGAUGGGUGACACGUGUGACACGUCUUACACGUGUCACACGUGUAAUACGUGUAACACGUGUUACACGUGUAUGUGUCGUGGGGGAGCGGUGGUGCAGCGCUUAGCACAGCACGCCGACGAACAAGGCCACCCGAGUUUCGAUUCCCGCUCACGGCCACCAACAGCAGCGAUGAUUAUCUGAAACGGUCCUGGACCUCCCCUAGUGCGACUCAGCCUCAAAUGAGUACCUGGUACGGUGUGUAAACAUCGCCACUCAGGAGACAAACACGGCGUGGUGUUGCCCCCCCCCUCUCGUGGCGUGUCAGCCUUCAUAGAUGCUCGCUAACAGCACUUGCCCCAAAAGUCUGCUAACAGCUAUAUGGGGGAUCUUUGUCCUUGCCUUGUGUGUACCUGGCUAGGAAUGCGCGUGGUUGUAUCGUGUGGGAUGUUAAUGAGCACGAAGCACCCUCCCACCAGCUGACGCGGCCUAACGAGAAUACGAUCCGCUGCCUGCACAAAUGUGCCAAUGUGUUUUUGAUUUGUAUUUCAGUACCGCUAUUUAUUAUCCUGUUUGCAGCGAGUUGUGGUGUGGGUUUCAUAUUAUUUGUUAGUUUGCACAUUCCCUCUACCCUGCGAUGUUCUGUAACUACCACCACUGCCGACGCUUCUUGGGCUGCUAUAUGCAACUAUGGGUUUCAAUGUAACUCUAUGGAUAUCUCUGUAACUCUAUGGAUUUAUAGCCAACUCUAUGUAACUCCGACGUCCUCUAACCUGCCGACGCUCUUGGGCAGUGGCUCUCCCUGGAAAAAAAGAGCUGCUUAGCUCAUUGGUGAACUUCUUUUGCACCGUACAUUGCCAACGAUACAAGGCGGCCUAGCCCAGCUGAAAAGAUUAAAGUCUGAGUGUGUAUCACUGCAAGGGGCCUCUUGUUGCGGCAGAAGUAACUGUGCGUGUCUUUGUGAAAAGAUGGCCCGCUACCACAGUUAUUGAGAAGCCCUAUUUGGUCCCUGGGAAGGCAAAUGUGCCCCACCCCUGACGCAGACGAUGGGCACACGGCUCGCGAACAUGCUUUACACG